CUUCGUUGAAAGAAAUCUUCAUAGACUGUACGUGGAUGGAAUAAAUCACAUAACAUCACUCUGUGAGCUUUCCCGUUAAGAAGUCUAACUUUGUUCUCGGCGAUUUAAUCUGUCUGUUUUCAAGAAUUAAAGAUUUGCCGUUCAAUGAACAGUUCUACUGACGUCAUCAACAGUCGGAGUAACGUCGGAGCGAUUCGUUUGACGACAUAAGUGUUUCCGGUAAUAAUCGUUGAUGAAAAUAAAACUAUAUCAGUCUCCCGAGCUUUCAGUCCGAACACAUGUCCGAAGCGUUCGUGUGAUCGACUAGUGCUCAACCCAAGGAGAAUCCAAGUAUGUUCAUACAAGUGCCAGACUCGGUGAACAAAUCCAUUCGAAAUGGAAUAAAACCUAGGACAGAGAUACAUUAUCCAAGUACUUCUUUAGGAAAUCACGAUCCCCGAACUGUUUGCAUGGACACUGGCACCGUUGGGUCACGGAAUACGAUCGACGGAGAGCUUGAGUGUGUGGUUUGUAGAGCAGACCGUGUUAUCGUGCCCGCGUCUGCGCCAAAUUACUUAACGUGGAGACCACCUCUGCUUCCCUCGCACCAAAACUACAGAUGGUCAAGAGAUCAUCGCAAUGAUCUACUAUUAACAACAUGCAGAGCUCCGCCAAUACAAAGUGUUACGGAGUAUACGAGACAGAAAGUUGAAGCAGCCGCACAGGAGGUGGAGAUACCUCCAAGGAGUGGUGACUGCAAUGAAGAAGAAGACAUUGAGAGUUUAGAAUCACCGCGUUCGUUUGCCUCUUCCGGUUCAAACAACAGUCGAGAUGAUUUAUUGGCGCAAUUCCCCGAGACGCAGACCCCAGCAAGAGCACAUACACCUGUUACGAAGUCGCGCACACAACAGCAGAACCCUUGGGGAAGGGCCUCCUAUUCCGAUCUAAUUACGAUGGCCAUCACAUCUACAAACAAUAACAUGAUGACUUUGUCGGAUAUUUACAGCUGGAUUGUCAAGAAUGUACCAUAUUUUAACGACAAGGGGACUUAUCUAUCAGUUCAAGGAUGGAAGAAUGCCGUUCGACACACUCUGUCACUCAGAAAGCGGUUUGUUCGUGUUCCAGACCCCAAGCGUCCAUACAAGUCAAUGUGGACAAUUUCCAGUGAUUAUCAAAGAAAUCAUUUGAAGGAAAAAAGGAGCCAUUUGGAUAGGAAAAACCCUCUGAAGAACAAAAAACUGAGCGCUCAGGAAAGUGAUCAAAUGGCUCAGUCAAUGGAUUUUGAAACAGCCGGUGAAUACAGCGGAAGCUGUGCCUCACCAAAUCAGAGCCAAGAGGGAUUUUAAAACGGAAUCGUAAAUGUAUAAAAAAUCUUUUAUCUAUAGCUUACUCAUAGUACUUACGCGCAUGCAUCGCACACUUUUUUCUCUCACAAUUGUGAUACAACAAAUGUUUAUUUCCUUGCUGGAGAUAUAUCUACUAUAAGCAGAAAUAAUUAAAAGCGAGUAAAAUAAUGAGAAUAUACUUUUUUUAUAGCGAGAAUUGUAAAAAAGAAAGAAAUGAAGAAGUUUAUCCAAAUGAAUAUUAUAUAUAUGUGUACAAAUGUCAAGUAAAAUUAAUCUGAAUAUUACAUUAUCUAGUUAACUGUUAUAAAAAAUUGAAUAAAAAAAUUGCAGCGAUCAUGAUUCAUGUUCAUUCAUCAUUAAAUUAUGGAGCAUUUCGAAGUUUCAGUCAGAACGGAGAGAGGAGUUCUUAUCAUUUAAUAUGGAAAGAACCCUUGGCAUGUCUCAUUUGAGUUAGCAAAAGUUGAAUGGAAGUUUUUUGGGAAAUGGAGAACUUGUUGUUUAAUUGAUUGAUCCGUUCAUGCAUAAAUGUGUUAUAAAUUGAAUGCCUUCUUUGAGUCAGCGGCUAUUGAAAGGAAGUUUUCGGGGAAAUGGGAACGUAUCAUUUUUAGAUUGUUCGGUUCAUACGUAAAUAAGUCCCGAUUUAGGCUCACUCUCAAAAUGUGGGACUGGGUUGCAAGAGUGUGUGGGCGUG